ACAAAUUUCACACGGCUCCCCCUCGCUGCGACGAGUUCAUUACGGUGGCGUAGGUCGCCGUUGAGAGUUUCUAUUUCGGCUCAUUUUGCCCUGCAGCGGCUGACGCGGACGCAUGCGCCUACUCCGAGGGUUUUCUGAGGUUUCCUCCGCCGCCACUCCCGUCGUGGAUUGAUCCUGCCGUCGCCCUGCUGCACGGGAUCAUGGUCACUCCACCUCUCGACCGGGAGGACGCAGAGGUGCUUGUACCGCGGCAGGAGAUCGCCGAAGGACCCCAGCCAAUGGAAGUUUCUCAGAGCGAGGCCUCAAGUACUGCUGAGAACCAUCAGGUGGAGGAACCUGCUUCUUCUAGUUUUACUUGGGCAAUCAGUAACUUUUCGAAGUUGAACACCAAGAAACUCUACUCGGACAUUUUUAUAGUAGGUGGUUACCAGUGGAGAGUGCUUAUUUUCCCAAGAGGUAAUAAUGUUGAGUACUUGUCUAUGUACCUGGAUGUUGCUGAUUCAGCGAACCUACCUUAUGAUUGGAGUAGAUAUGCACAGUUCGGUCUGUCUGUGGUCAAUCAAAUUCAUAAUAAGUACUCAAUAAGAAAAGAUACCCACCACCAAUUUAAUGAACGAGAAAGUGAUUGGGGGUUUACUUCAUUUAUGCCUUUGACUGAAGUUAAUGAUCCAAGUAGAGGAUUUUUACUGAAUGAUACUCUUGUAGUUGAAGCUGAGGUCAUUGUAAAAAGGAUCAUUGAUUACUGGUCUUAUGAUUCUAAAAAGGAGACAGGUUAUGUCGGUCUUAAGAAUCAGGGAGCUACCUGUUACAUGAACUCUCUUUUGCAGACUUUGUAUCAUAUUCCUUAUUUCAGGAAGGCUGUAUAUCACAUGCCUACAACUGACAAUGAUAUGCCAUCAGCAAGUAUUCCGUUGGCCCUGCAGAGCUUGUUUUAUAAGCUGCAAUACAAUGAUAGCAGUGUUACUACUAAAGAGUUGACAGAUUCAUUUGGGUGGGAUUCAUAUGAUUCUUUUAUGCAGCAUGAUGUUCAAGAACUCAAUAGGGUUUUGUGUGAGAAGUUGGAAGACAAAAUGAAGAGGACUGUUGUUGAGGGAACAAUACAACAAUUGUUUGAAGGUCAUCACACAAAUUACAUAGAAUGCAUCAAUGUUGAUUACAAGUCCAACAGAAAAGAGUCAUUUUAUGAUCUUCAGCUUGAUGUCAAAGGUUGCCAAGAUGUUUAUGCUUCCUUUGAUAAGUUUGUUGAAGUUGAACAUCUUGAAGGGGAUAACAAAUACCAUGCAGAACAGUAUGGCUUACAGGAUGCCAAGAAAGGUGUCCUCUUUGCUGAUUUCCCCCCUGUUUUGCAACUUCAGCUUAAACGGUUCGAAUAUGAUUUUAUGCGAGAUGCAAUGAUCAAGAUUAAUGACCGUUAUGAAUUCCCACUUCAAUUAGAUUUGGAUCGAGAUAAUGGCAAAUAUCUUUCCCCAGAUGCGGAUAGAAGGAUUCGCAAUCUAUACACACUUCAUAGUGUGCUUGUUCACAGUGGUGGAGUGCAUGGUGGUCACUACUAUGCUUUUAUUAGACCAGAUCUUUCUGAACAAUGGUUUAAAUUUGAUGAUGAGCGGGUGACAAAGGAAGACAUGAAGAGGGCGAUAGAGGAACAAUAUGGUGGUGAAGAGGAGGUAAUUAUUGUCACUAUUAUGAGCCCUUCUUUUCUCGGUUUCAUUUAUCAAUUUCUUUCUUUAACUCUAUUUCAUUUUCAGUUACCACAGAUGAAUCCUGGCUUCAAUAACACUCCUUUCAAGUUUACAAAGUAUUCAAAUGCAUACAUGCUUGUAUAUAUCCGUGAGAGUGAUAAAGACAAAAUAAUGUGUAAUGCAGAUGAGAAGGACAUAGAAGAACACCUUAGGAUAAGGUUGAAGAGAGAACAAGAAGAAAAAGAACAACAGAAGAAAGAGAAAGCAGAGGCUCAUCUGUAUACUAUUAUCAAGGUGGCACGAGACAAGGACAUGAAAAAGCAAAUAGGAAGGGAUAUUUUCUUCGACUUGGUUGAUCAUGACAAAGUUCAUAGCUUCCGCAUUCAGAAACAGUUGCCCUUCAGUGUUUUCAAGGGGGAGGUUGCCAAACAAUUUGGUGUACCUGUUCACUUUCUGCGAUUUUGGUUGUGGGCUAAACGACAGAACAACACAUACCGCCCAAACAGGCCUUUAAGUACUCAAGAAGAAGCACAAUCUGUUGGGCAGUUGAGGGAGGUAUCUAAUAAAAUACAGAAUGCUGAGCUUAAGCUAUUCCUAGAAGUAGAACUUGGACUGGAUUUACACCCUUGUCCUCUACCUGAUAAAACGAAGGAAGACAUAUUGCUUUUCUUUAAGCUUUAUGACCCUGAGAAGGAAGAGCUUAGAUAUGUUGGAAGAUUGUUUGUGAAGGUGCUUGGAAAACCUGCAGAUAUACUGUCAAAACUGAAUGAAAUGGCUGGCUUUUCACCAAGUGUCCAAAUUCAGCUUUACGAGGAAAUAAAAUUUGAGCCAAAUGUGAUGUGCGAAUGUGUUGACACUAAUGUUCCUUUCGAUUCUAGCCAGCUGGAAGAUGGUGAUAUUAUAUGUUAUCAGAAAUCGUUUCCAUUGGGAAGCAAUGAUCAAAUCCGUUAUCCUGAUGUUCCAUCUUUUUUGGAAUAUGUACGUAAUCGACAGGUGGUUCAUUUUCGAUUGUUAGAGAAGCCAACAGAAGAACAUUUUAGCAUAGAGUUGUCAAAGCUUGAUUCAUAUGAUACUGUUGUAGAAAAAGUAGCAUACCAAAUUGGUCUGGAUGAUCCAUCAAAAAUCCGACUUACACUGCAUAACUGCUACUCUCAGCAGCCUAAACCUCAACCCAUCAAAUUUAGAGGGGUGGAUCAUCUGUCUGACAUGCUUGUCCAUUUGUCCCUGAGUUCUGAUAUACUGUACUAUGAAGUACUCGACAUACCAUUACCUGAACUGCAAGGUUUAAAAACUCUGAAAGUUGCAUUUCAUCAUGCCACUAAGGAUGAGGUUGCAAUUCAUAGCAUAAGGUUGCCAAAAAAUAGUAUUGUUGCUGAUGUAAUCAAUGAUCUAAAGACAAAGGUUGAUCUUUCACAUCCUAAUGCUGAUCUUCGAUUGAUUGAGGUUUUUUAUCACAAGAUAUACAAGAUUUUUCCUCCUGAUGAGAAAAUAGAGAACAUAAAUGAUCAGUAUUGGACAUUGCGUGUAGAGGAAAUUCCAGAGGAAGAGAAGAACCUUGGUCCCCAAGAUCGAUUAAUUCAUGUAUACCAUUUCAUGAAAGAUUCAAUUCAGAAUCAGAUGAUUCAGAACUUUGGGGAACCCUUUUUCAUGGUUAUUCGUGAAGAUGAAACUCUAGCUGAAGUGAAAGUACGUAUUCAAAAGAAACUUCAAAUUCUAGAUGAAGAAUUCUCUAAGUGGAAGUUUGCAUUUGUGUCUACGGGUCGUCCAGAUUACUUGCACGAUUCAGAUUUGAUCUCAGUGUGUUUUCAGAGAAGAGACGUUUAUGGAGCUUGGGAGCAGUACCUUGGUCUAGAACACUCAGACACUUAUUCAAAAAAGGCAUAUUCAGCAAAUCAGAAUCGUCAUACUUUUGAUAAACCAGUAAGAAUCUACAACUAAGGUCUCUGGGUUGCAAUCUUCUUCCAACUCAAAGAAUGUCAAUGCCGAAGUUAUAGCAUGAAAGGCCGUUGAGAUCCUUGAUCUGAAGGCAGCACACUACCUGCCUGCUUGACAGCACUCUCAGCCAGGUUUGAGGCAACCAUGAAACUGGAACUAUGCUUUCAUUAAUGAUCAUCUCUUUGGACUUUUUAUGUCCUCGUUUGCCAAGGUCACCAAUUUGGUUGCAAUUACUUUUUUUUUUUAUUGAAACAUGAUGCCUAAAGAAGAUUAGAAGAAAAUCUACAAAAAAUGCUGGUCCCUUCUUUUUUUAUUCUUGUCUCUGCUGUAAAGGGGGUGUAUAUAUGGUGGUUGGUGUUCAUAGUAAUGCGUGGUUAUGUAAAAAGAAUCGCUGUCCCUUUUUAAUGCCACAUUGUUCCUGAUAA